UUGCAGUACGAAGAAGGUGCAGCUAACGACCAUCAGAAACUCCAAGGCUGCAGACUCCAUAGCUCACACAGUCCUCGACACGCCGCAACGCGUCGGAGGGGAAAGAUCAAGAUGGAGGCAGCCACCUCGAAUCCGUCGAGCAAGAGGAUCGCCCUGGUCAGCGGAGGGAACAAAGGGAUCGGGCUGGAGACGUGUAGGCAGCUCGCGUCCAAGGGGCUCAAGGUCCUGCUGACGGCGAGGAACGAGGCGAGGGGGCUGGAGGCGGUCGAAGGCGUCAGGCGCUCCGGUGCUGACGUCGUCUUCCAUCAGCUGGAUGUCACCGACCCUGACAGCGUCGCCCGACUGGCGGAUUUCGUCAGGGAUCAGUUCGGGAAGCUCGAUAUCCUGAUUAACAAUGCAGGCAUUUCAGGUGUUGAUCGAGAUCCAGUUCUGUUUGCACAAGUUCAGGAACAGGUUGAAAGCAUGGAUGUAGAUCAAAGAGUUCAAUGGAUGAAAGAAAAUUCUAAGGAGACAUAUGAGGAAGCAAAAGAAUGCAUGAGAACAAACUACUAUGGGGCAAAGCUUGUCACGGAGGCACUACUGCCUCUUCUUCAGUUGUCCUCCUCUGGGAGAAUUGUCAAUGUCUCAUCAGGCUUUUCACUGCUAAGGAACUUCAACAGCGAAGAACUGAAGAAGGAAUUCGACGACAUUGACAACCUUACUGAAAAGAGACUAGAGGAGCUUCUGGAUCUAUUCCUGGAAGACUUCAAUGCCAACUUGAUAGAGGCACAUGGGUGGCCGACCGGUGGCUCGUCGGCCUACAAAGUCGCCAAAGCUGCCCUGAAUGCAUACACGAGGAUCCUUGCCAAGAGGUUCCCCGCGAUGCGCAUCAACUGUUUGACGCCUGGUUUUGUCAAGAGCGACAUGUCCAUGCACAUGGGAGAGUUGACGCUCGAGGAGGGCGCUAGCAACCUGGUGAAGGUCGCUCUCUUGCCCGACGAUGGCCCGAAUGGUGCUUAUUUUGAUAGGGAUGGCGUGGCGUCGUUUGUGUGAUUGUUUCGUACGUGUAAUGGUUUCGUCCGGUUUUACUUUCAAAAUAUCAACGUCGUUUGUGUAACAGUAGUUGUCAAUAAACAGUGUGCAGUUUAACCUGUGCUGUGCACUCAAAUGGACAUGCGUGUGUGUAUCAUCCAUAUUGGUCGAUGAGGUCUAUCGAUCUUGUGGGUAUGUGUAGGGUCAAACAAUGCGACAACACACACGUAUGACGUAUGGGUGUUGCUGGCUGA